AUGGAUGUCGAAAGAACAACGAGAAUCCGCAAAAGAUCGCUGAAAAACAAACGCAUCCAUUCUUGCCUGAUUUGCGGCAGCUAUCCGGCCACCUUUAACUAUGGAGCUCUCACUUGCAGUGUGUGCAAAACGUUUUUCUUACGUCAUGCCACACGUCCGCACACCCCCGUCUGCGCUGAAUUUGGCGAAUGUGGAUACCCUCUAAUCAAAUGUAAAGCAUGCCGAUAUGCCAAGUGCCUGGAGGUUGGAAUGCAUCCAGAAAGGGCAGGCAAGCGUUCGGGCUGCAUGAGGCGUAAACGUCAUGGAACGGAGUUAGGGAUGAAUGAGUCACCAGAAUUGCCGCUUUUAUUAACUGAACAUCAACGCUUCGCGCAGGUGUGUCCUUCUACAAUGCUUCAAGCGCAGCGGAUGGACAAUUUGGAUUCGGAGAUACGGUGUUUGAUUGAGAUUGAGAAGGCAUGUUCUGCCGAUUCACCAUGGACCCCUAAAAUGCACGAAUUCUCAUUUGACCUCAGCGUCACCAUGAUGGACAUCUUGGAACAACCCCAAAAAAUAUGCGCUCGAGUUCCGCUCGGUCUAUGCAAUUCAGCAACCGAAUUCAACCCAUGCCGGGAAAACAUGGGUGGUAAAUGUCUGGCCCGAAUGAUGCUCUACUGUGCUGACUUCUUUCGAGAAACCCCCGAAAUAUGGCAGCUUGGACAUGAUGAUCGCCGGAGGUUCUGUCUUUAUGGAAGCAUGCUUCUCUCCCAAAUCCAACUAUAUUAUCACACAUUUGCCAUUGGGUGCAAAGGGUUUUUGAGUGGACUUGGACAACGCUACGAUCCAAGACCCGAUGGGCCCGCUGGAUUUAAUGACAUCGCUGGCGUUUGUAGCUACGAACUACAUAACUUAAUAUUCCCUGCGCUUCGCCGUAUUAAUUUUACGUAUGAGGAGUUUUUAUUGUGGAAGAUGGUGGUGCUGUUCUCUCCUGGACCUAUCGGUUUAUCUGAUGAGGGGGCUGCAAUAAUUCGGUGUACAAGGCGAAAGUAUGAGGCUAUGUUAUUGGAGCCGCGAUACCUUGGCAAUGUCCGCUUUUUCAAAAAUGAGCGUUUUGUG